AUGAGUUCGUUAAUAUGGCAUUUGGUUUUCUGGACUUUGUUGACCUCCAAAACCGCGUCCGCAAACGAGUCCUCAACGCCGAAUGCGCAGGUGAGCUACUGUAAUGUUACCGGUGUUUGGCGCAACGAGCUGGGCUCCACGCUGCGGGUGAAGGCUGAAGGCUCGGAGGUCAGAGGUGUGUACCAGACCGCUGUUGAGACCACGCGUGGAGCCGCAGGUCAUCACCGCUCCGGCCGCAUCAUCGGGAUGGUCAGUGACGGGACUCAACCUACCUUCUCUUUCUCCGUGCUAUGGGAGAAAGGUUCAUGCUCUGCUUGGGUUGGUCAGUGCUUUAUUUUAGAUGACGGGGCACAAGUGCUGAAAACCUUCUGGAUGUUGCGCAGUGUUGCAGACAAUUUGGCAAGUGCCUGGGGAAGUACCAGAAUGGGAGAAGAUGUAUUUUUCAAGACUGGAGUUUCCAAUUAACUCAGUAAAAGAUUCAGUGUCUUUUUAAUUCCUACAAGAUGUGGAUUUUUCCUGGAGCUUGAGCUUGUAAUUUAAAACUGCUGAGACUUGUGGAAAACCAUCAAGCUUACUAAAACAAUGAACGCAAAAUAAACAACUACUU